AUGGUCAAGACAUUCUCCUUCCAAGAUAUCCAAGUCAACUCGCCCGGCUUCGGUGCAAUGGGCCUGAGCUUUGGUCUGGGGAGCAACCUUACCUUGGAGGAGGCCGAACCCGUGCUUCUAAAGGCCAUCGAGCUUGGAUGCACUUUUUGGGAUACAGCAGUAGUCUACCAGGCUGGUGUCAAUGAAAAGCUCUUGGGCGACUUUAUCAGAAAGCACAACGUCCGCGACAAAGUUUUCAUCGCGUCCAAAUGUGGGUUCGCUGUUUUUGAAGAAGGCAUGACUGUCACCAACUCUGCUUCCCACAUCAAGAAAUACAUCGAGGGGACGAUCGAGAGACUCGGAUUCACUCCUGAUCUCUACUACCUCCAUCGAAUCGACCCUAAGACGCCGCUCGAGGAGUCGAUCCCAGCCCUUGAUGAGAUUCGCAAGGCUGGAAAGACCAAGUAUAUUGGCCUUUCCGAGUGUUCAGCUGACACUUUGCGCAAAGCAAACUCAAUUGCCAAGAUCGAUGCCGUUCAGGCAGAGUACUCGGCUUUUGAGACCAUCCACGAGACCGACGGGCUGAUCGAGACUGCCAGAGAGCUUGGCGUGGCAUACGUCGCCUACAGCCCGUUGGGCCACGGCUGGCUCGUCGACGAUUUCCAGUACAAGAGCCCCGACGACUUCGCCCCUACCGAUUUCCGACGUGGAAGCCCCAAGUUCCAAGGCGAGAACUUUUACAAGAACAAGGCUAUCGUCGACGAGAUCAAGAAGCUCGCCGUUCGCAAGGGAUGCUCUCUGCCGCAGAUUGCUCUCGCUUGGGUCGCUGCCCAGAACAUGAUUCCUAUUCCGGGAACGACCAAGGCCAAGAGGCUGGAAGAGAACUGGGCGUCGAGAGACGUCGAGCUGACCGAGGAGGAGAAGAAAGAGAUGCGGAGGAUCAUUGAUGCGGCCAAGCCGCACGGGAACAGAUACAACGAAACCGCGCAGGCCAUGGUGGGACACUAA